AUGCCAAAACUGGGGGAACAAAUAGGACCUUUUACUUCCACGCGAAGCUUCGCGGUUCACGCCACGGUUAUCGGUUAUCGGAUGGACCAGCAUCCUAGCGCCCGGAGCUGCACCAGCCGCGGGGCUUCGUCCUGCGAGGCCGUCCCAGCCGAGCCCUCCAUGAACCUGCACAUCCACUCCACUACCGGCACUCGCUUCGAGCUCUCGCUGCCCCAGGAGGAGACCGUGGACGGGCUGAAGAGGAGGCUCUCGCAGCGACUUAAAGUACCCAAAGAGAGGCUCGCGUUGCUGCAUAAAGAAACCAGACUAAGUUCAGGCAAACUCCAGGAUCUUGGCGUGUCCGAUGGGAGCAAGUUAACACUCGUACCGACCGUCGAAGCAGGAUUAAUGUCUCAAGCGUCAAGACCCGAGCAGUCAGUAAUGCAAGCCUUGGAGAGCUUAACCGAAACUCAGGUCAGCGACUUCCUGUCCGGACGCUCUCCCCUCACUCUGGCACUCCGUGUGGGGGAUCACAUGAUGUUCGUCCAGCUACAGCUGGCAGCACAGCAGUCGGGUGGUCCACAGCUCCAGCACAGGCACCUGAUCACCCGAAGCAAUUCAGAUGCCACGAUGGGACAGCCGACAGGGCAGCCUUGUGGACCUCAACCGCAUUCCCACCUCCACCCUAAUAAUCUACACAAUCCCCAUUUGCCUCAGCCGGGCCCCUCCACAUCCUCUUCCACUAGCACCUCAAUCUUCCCUCUCCCAUCCACACACCACCAGUCUCUGCCCCCGAUGUACCAUCAGUCCCCCUCAUCAGUUCCUCACUGCAGCCCAGCCACCCCUCCACCUCCUGCUCGUUCUCCUCGCACGUCGCAUGUCCCUGGGAGCCUGUUCCGUUCUACUCCCCAUCCCUUGCGGGACCACCACCACUACCAUCAGCCUUCCUCAGGCCAGGCUAGCCACAACAUUGCCCAGGCCAGCCCUGUAGCCCCUGUUUUGUGCCCUGAGGCCAGCUGCAGCACCAACAGCCACAGUAGUGGCAGCAGUUCAUCAGCACGCUCCCGUAAGCCUGGUGCCAUCAUUGAGAGCUUUGUUAACCACGCCCCUGGAGUUUUUUCAGGGACAUUUUCAGGCACUUUACACCCUAACUGCCAGGACAGCAACGGGCGUCCGAGACGAGAUAUUGGUACUAUUCUUCAGAUUCUCAACGAUCUCCUGAGCGCCACACGCCACUACCAGGGCAUGCCACCAUCCCUUACGCAGCUUCGCUACCAAACCCAAUGCAGCACACCCAGCUCACCAUCCCCGUCACCGCCUCCAUCGCCACCAGUGGUCGGCACAACUGGACUCUCUGCCAAAGCUACCUCUGUGCCCGCUGGUAACUCCAGCAGCCCUCCACCGACCCUUCAUCCACUGGUGCAGUGCCAGAGUCAGAUCCGCAUGUGCAAGCCCCCUGGCGACAGAGUCCGGCAGACGGAGAACCGCGCAACCCGCUGCAAGGUGGAGCGCCUGCAGCUGCUAAUGCAGCAGAAGCGACUGCGCCGGAAGGCCCGUCGGGACCAGCGCGGCCCCUACCACUGGCUGCCCAACCGCAAGGCGGGCCGCAGCAACAGUAACAGCAGCGUGUCCAGCGACGGCUCCCUGGACCUGGACUUUGACGACUCCGUGUGGAAGCCUGAAGUCAAGGCUGACUUAAAGUCUGAGUUCGUCAUGGCCUGA